CGAAAAUCGAAAUACUAUUUUCAUAUUACGAUAUGAAUACGGCAAGUGGCAAUAUGUAUCAUGUAGAAAAAAAAAUACAAUAUACCUACUUAGUAAAGUAGCAGUAAGCUUUAAAACACGUUUGUACAAUUUGCAACUUUAUAGAUCAUGUAUAAUUUUAUAUUUAUUGUAUUGAAAAAAAUAAAAGUUUCAUAUACAAAACACCAAAUGCGAACAAAACAUUGUAAACACAUUUUCGCUCUAAGCAAGACGCGUACGUCGCCAAAGAAGUUCUAUUGAAAUAAAAUAUAUAUAUCUAUCAUUUUGGCUAGUGCCUCAACUUUCGUUUGUAUAGAAUUUGUAUAAAACAAAUCAAGCAUAUUAAUGCAAGGCAACAAUGGACGAAAUUUUAUUUCGAUUAUCCAGUCAACUGGAAGCUCUGCAGAUUCAAGCAUCUGUAACCACACAACAAUGUCAGCAAUUAGUGACUACAUGGUUAUGUCAAGGUCAAAGACUUCUUGAAAGUAUUAGUAAUGAUUUACAUGGGCUAGAAGUCAGAGAAUUCAUUUAUCAAGUUUGUUUGUGGUGUCAAAAGCAAAUUCAAACAUUACAAUAUAAUUUGGCAUCGAUAAGUUUUAAUGCCAGAUAUGUUCAUCAACAAUUAAGAGAUUUAUUAACAUUAAAAGUUUCUAAACGAGAAUUAAUUUACUUUCUAACUGGCUUACUUGCUGGAACAUUAUUUGGAUAUUCAUUAGCUUUGAAUUGGUAUAAUCCUCGACAUCUUCAUCACAUGAAAGCAAUUGUUUGCCAUAAUUAUGUUGGUAUAGAGGGGGUGUCAACGAUUGAUGAUUCUGAAAUGCCCACGAUCAAAAAGUCAAAUGAACUAUUGAUUCAAGUUAAAGCUGCUUGUAUUCAUGAUGUAGAUAUAAAAAUUUGUUCUGGUUAUUCAAGAACUUAUAGAAGACUUUUAAAUUCAGGAAAAAAUAAAGACUUACCAGUAAUUCUUGGUAGAGAUUGUGCUGGAGUUGUUGUAGAUAUUGGUCAAAAUGUGAUAAAUUUUGAUAUUGGUGAUAAAGUAUUUUUAGCAGUACCAUCAUGGUCUACAGGGACAAUGGCAGAGUAUAUUGUUGUAACUGAAAAUAGAGUCGCAAAAAUGCCAAAAAUACUACCUUAUGAAGCCUCUGCCAGUUUGCCUUACAGUGGCUGCAUAGCUUGGGAUGCUUUAAUUAAUGGUUCUGUUAUCAAAGAAGGAAAUGCAAAGGGUAAAAGAGUAUUAGUUUAUGGAGGAACUACACCUGUUGGUUGUAUUUUAAUACAACUAGUGAAACUUUGGGGUGGUUACGUUGUUGCAACAUGCAGAUCUGAAGCUGCUCCAAUAAUAAAGGCUUUAGGUGCAGAAGAAAUAAUCUUUUUAAAUGAUUUGGAUGCAUCCAAAGAAUUGGAGCUUCACAAUAAAUAUGAUGCCAUUUUCUACACUGGUGGACAACUUAAACAUGAAAGUAGUCUGAAAAAAUACAUGUUACCUUAUGGAUCUUAUGUAUCAACAAUACCUGAAUAUUUAGCAUCUGAUUCAUUAGGAUAUGUAAGUGGAAGUUUAUUUUCAGGGUGUAUAAGAAUCAAGUUACUGUUUCAGUACUUUUUAGGUGUCAGUACUUAUCAUUGGAAAGAGGGAUCUAAACUGAACAGUUCCUAUUUACAAUCAUUGCAAGAACUUGCUGAUGCCAAUAAGCUUAAACCAGUUUUGCACAAAAUCUAUGCGCCACACAACAUUGACCAAGCUAUGGCUCACAUUGUGGAUUUUAGUGCAAUUGGUAGUACUGUCAUUAAGUUUUAAUGGCGAAUUUUUAAAACAUUAUAUCUACAAUAGAUUAUGUAUUUUAAAUGAACAUAUUAAUUCUAUUAAAUUGAGUAGCGUUAAAAUAAUAGAUAGUAAUAUAAAAAUGUAUAUAACACAGUUAAUAAUUUUUAAUUAUGUACAUCAUGAUUUUCCUUGGUUAGAUAUUGGUAAAAAAGUUGAUUUUUAACUUUUUGUUUACGUUUAAAUGCACAAAGUACAUAUUGUUGAAUUUUCUAGACGAUUCUGAUAAAACUGGUAUUUUUCAAAAUUCACUGCAUUCGUAUACAGCGAAUAUUUAUAUUUCGAAUUCAGUUAUAAGAAUCUUGCAAUAAGAAAAAACUAUUUUGAUAAUCUGUUAGACUUUUAUAGCG